UGUCUCUCUCUCUAAUCUCUGGACCAUUAAUUAUUAUUAUAAAUCCAAAAGGCAGGUACUUUUGAAAAUGCUGUUGUUUCUUUCUUGGACAACGAUCCCCCCCCUCUCUCUCUCGAUUUGUAAAACUUGAAAUAAUAGAUUUAAGAGAGAGAGAGAGACCAAGAGUGGGUGGAUCUUCGUCUCACUAUGUCUUCUCUUUCAUUUCACUCAGUCAUGCAUUCAAAUAAAAUCCCUUCGCUACUCUAGCAGCGCUAGUAAUCCUAGCUCCUCCUCCUCCUGUUCUUUACAUACCCUCAAACCCUAAAACCUUCUCUUUUACUCCACACCAGUUCUUUCUCUGUUCCAUUCCCUCACCAAUACAAUAACACUAUGGGUGCUUGUUUUAGCAAGAAAAAUACUGAAGUUUCCUCUUCUCCUUUGAAAGCAGCUGCGGCUCCUGCUUCACAACCAGUUCUAAAUCACCCACAUAAUAAUAACCAUGCCACUCUCAAAGUAGAUCAGAAGAAUGAGAUCACAAUCAAGAACAAGAUAGUGGAGCAAAAGGAGGUGGUCAACAAACAAGUCGAAGAAGAAGAGGAAGAAGAAGACAGCUUACUCAAGAAAGAAAUUUUUGUCAUCAAACACAGGAAGAGCCAUGAUAGAGACAAACGCAUCCCUCCUCCCAACGACGAUGGUCCUGCUGCCACCACUAAUGCAUCUGCUGCUGCUGGCGAAAUAUUAUUGGCCAACAGCAACACCAAUUCUGGUGUUAAUAAUAUGGUUGUCAGAACAUCAAGCUGCACAAAAGAAGAGGUAGAUGCCAUUCUCAUACAGUGUGGAAGGCUUAGUCGCAGCAACUCCUCUGGAGCUGGAAAGCCUCUUUCUUCUGGCAGAAAGUAUUCUGGCUCUAAGAGGAGUUAUGACUUUGAUAAUAAUAAUGACCAGGACCAAGAUGUCAAGCCUGCCACUUCUGCCGACUAUGAUUCUAGAAGGAAGGGCAAUGACGACGACGAGGGCGAGGUUACAGCGGAGAGAAGGCAGCACCGCCAACGCCACCGCCAACGCCAAUCCAGCAGGCCUUCUGCUUCUCCUUCUGCUCAAGGGAGGAGAAGGACACCCAGCAGGGAAAGAGACCAGAACCAGCGCUCCGGAAGCAGAGAGAGGGCCAGUGGCAGCAGUGGGAGAAGGGUGAGUCGAUCACCGGGUAGAAGAUCAGAAAUAGCCCAAAAUACAAGCAUUACUCCUGGAAAUCCUAAUGCUACUAUUCCUGCUAACAAUACUGGUGGUACUGGUAACAGGCCUGGAAAAAUGGUAUCAGUCCCUGCCACUGUUUCUUCUUUAGUGAUGGAUAAAAGCAACAACAUUGGAGCUGAACCGCAAGCAACAGCUGGAACUAAGCGCAUCUCAGUGAAGAGAAAUGUUGGUGAGGCAGCGGUGGCAGGCUCCAGGACAGCUGCAUCCCCACGCUCCCAAUCUCCUGCCAGAGCCAAUGCUAAGACUUCUAAUGAGAAUAAUCAGCAGCCAUGUCUUAGCCGCAGCAAUUCAAGAAAAGCAGACCAAUCUCCUUACAGAAGAAACCCAUUGAGUGAAAUUGACCCCAAUUCAUUACAGCAUUCACAACCAUCUGGCAACAACAAGGCUACCUGCACCAGCAACAACAGAUCACAAAUCAGAAACAAAGAUAUUGAAGGACAAGCGGUGGCCAAGGAAACUUUCAAUCCUCUUAAUCAGACUCCAAUGAAGAAGCAAAAUUCUGAGAAAAACAACAGAGUCAAUGUUCAAGUGGCAAAUUACAGAUGCAGUAGCAUGGCUUCACUGGAAAACAAACUUUCAAAGGAACAACAAAUGGAAGAGGCCAAGGGACAUCUACCAGUCACGACCAAUGUGGUAGACUUGGGAGGUGAAUGCUUGAAGCCCCAAGCAUUAACCAGAAGCAGGUCGGCAAGGCGAUCGCGAGACCUGGACCUCAAUCCUGAAACUUUAUUGAAUCCAACUCCAUCAUAUACCGCACUAUUGCUGGAAGACAUUCAAAAUUUUCACCAGAAGAACACUCCUCCUUCCUUUUCACUCCCAGCUUGUGUCACCAAGGCCUGCUCCAUUCUUGAAGCGGUCGCAGACCUCAAUUCCACUACAAGCUCCAACCUGUCAUGUGCUUUCUCUGAUGAUAGAAUAAGCCCCCCUGCAGUGGCUGCUGUGAAUCUUGUUGGGAAGAAACUACCCGAGGCAAAAGACCCAUUUGUAGAAUCUGAGGUAAUUGCAAGUGAUGAUCUUAUGGAGCCAAGCUUUCACAAGUAUGUAACCGUGAGAAGAGGAGGGGGUACAUUGUGCGGGGAAGACAUGGAUGGUCAAGAAUCCUCAGGAAGUAACAGUUUUGUUGGUGGCAGCCAUCAGCAUUUAGGAUUGUCUACCUCUUCAUGGGAACCCAAUUCAGCUGAUUCAACCGAUCGCUGGUCUUCAAGAUCCAACACGAGAGAUGAGGAUGACAAGAGUCCUCUGGGAUAUCAAAAGCAUGGAUUACCUGAAACAGGGCGUGACGUGGAACAGGCCAGGAGAGCAUUCAGUGGACAAAGGACUGGAAUUGGACGUGGGAGACAUGGUACAAGUAAAAAUGCUCACACAACUCCUGUCCUUGCAACUGCUACUCAAACAUAAUCCACUCAGUUGUGUUGUUUUCAAAUUCCACGCAGUUGUGGCCCCUUUUAACUUUCAGUCUCAAAGGUCACUUCGUUGAUGGUUGCAAACUUGCAACCUGUUUUCUUGUUAAUUCAAAUAGAUUCAUUCUUCCCUUGUUCAACAAGAGUUGGAUGCCAGUCUGGGAUAAUUAGGGAAGAAACUCCCUUUUAUUCAUAUGCUGAAA